CACCGCUAAUAGCUGUUCCCUAAAACCACACUUAAAUAGCACGCAUUAAUGUGUGAGCAGGUGAACGGGAAGAACAGUGAGAACAUUUUAAAGAACACGAAUAUACAAGCACAGUGUAGUCCCGUGAUUCUGACGUCAUUGUGGGCAAAUGUAAACUUCGGCAGACGGUGUUUGUGAUUUAGCUAAAACUACUUUGUCUUUCCAAAACAAAUAAACAACAAAAAAAGGAAAAUGUCGUUUUGGUUUUGCUGUUGUUUCUGUCCCAAUGAAGCUAGUACUACAUCAACUCAAGCAGAGAGGCAGCCUUUAAUGCAGUCCAAAUCGGCUAGGCAACUGCGCCGUUCAAACCCACACUCAACAGCAAAUGAUGAGACACAGAAACAUGGCAGAUUCAUCGCCAAGCAUGUGGAAGUACCUGAGCUGGAUCAACGCUUUAUCGAUAUUGCUGACACAUUUAAUCAACAAGCAGAACAUCACCAAGCUAUGGGUGGAUGCCUGGAACGACUGAAAGCCAGCUAUCAGUGCGCAGCGGGCAGCACUCUAGCUGAUUGUUUACAGAGAAUGAGGGACGAGCACAGUGCCUUUAACAUUGCCGUCCAAAUGCAGGGCUAUAACUUUUCUGUCGUCGUGAAGCCAGAAAGCGCCCCUGAUAUCAAACUGCAGGAAGCCCAAGAGCUGAUAAAGAAUCUCAAUAAGGCCUCCAAAUCCAUCGCAGCAGCCAGCACCAAGCUGCAGGAGAUGAUCACCUCGGCGCUGCACAGCGAGAUGGAGAUUACACACAGAGUGAAGGAGGCCAAGCGGCCCUACCAGGAGCAGAUACGGGUCGAGGCCAACCUGAAGGAGAACUUCCAGGAGGUGAAGAGAAUCAAGCAGCUUUCCAGUCAGUACCGAGAAGAGGCCAGCAGUCUACUGAACGAGAUGGCACGACUCGCUGGCAUAUCUCUUUGAACUGACAAACGCUCACUACAGGAGCUUAAUACAGCUGGUAUGUUUUUUUCUACUGAUUAAAAUAUGAAUGAUAACAAACGAUCCUUUUAAGAACUGAACAUAGCAUCACUUUUGCAGUCUUUCUUCGGGUGUCAUGUAGACAGAAUCAGGAUGUCUUGAUCUUUUGUAGAAAUAAGAAGAAAGUAAUCCAGGAUUGAAUCGGCAACCUUCCCAUUCCGAGUACAAGCCUGUAGGUCAGAUAUAUUUUUGAUUGUUAAUAAAAUAUAUCUAGCAACUAA